AUGGCUUCUGUCUCCGAGUUUGCCUGCAUCUGCUCUGCCCUUAUUCUGCAUCAUAUUGGUGAGGUGACAGUAACCGCUGGGCCCAAUGUCAACAGCAGGAGCCUCAUAUACAUAGGAGCUGGUGGGCUCACUCCAGCAGCCGGGUCCGCUUUUGCUGGUGGUCCUGCCCCAUCUACUACAACUUCCCUAGCUGAGGAGAAGAAAGUGGAAGCAAAGAAAGAAGAAUCUGAGGAUUCAGAUGAUAAUAUGGGCUUUGGUCUUUUUGACUAA